UCUUACACACAAUUGAGGGUGUUGAGGAUAACACUGAGCUGAUCUUUAGCAAGCCUGCGGCUGGCGGCACGAGGCGCUACAUUUUGAGGUGUGACCCAACUGUGAGAGAGCUGAGUCACAAGACAAGCUAAAAUUAGAAUGGGGAAUAUACACAGUGAGAGACAGACACCAUGCAAUGAUAUGCUAUCGUUGUCAGGGAUACGGCCAUCUUGAGGCCAACUGUACUGCCCAGACCAAUGGAGACGCCCCAGAUUGUUUCAAAUGCGCUGGCAAUCAUAAAUCCCAGGAGUGCGCCAUGGCUGAGAAGAAAUGCAUAAGCUGUGUGAGGGACAUGUUCCUCCAGUAUCUCUCUUUGGUGCCGUUAUCUGACCUAAUCUGCGGGAUCAGAGUGCAGGGUCUUCUUAUCAGCACCGCCCGACGGUGUCGUGCGUGGCACAAUAGCAGUGGCCCAGACACUCGCGGCGUGAUAUUUAGCACGACACCGCCUCAUAGCCACCAGUGACCGACUCCAGCAUAGCCGAGGCGCGCCCUCCUGAAGACCUGACAGACACCACCGCGGCGAGGGGCGCUGCGUCACCACCACCGCGGCCAGCAGGAGGUUGUCAGGCCACCACCACCACCACCACCGCGGCCAGCAGGAGGUUGUCAGGCCACCACCACCACCACCACCACCGCGGCCAGCAGGAGGUUGUCAGGCCACCACCACCACCACCACCACCGCGGCCAGCAGGAGGUUGUCAGGCCACCACCACCACCACCACCACCACCGCGGCCAGCAGGAGGUUGUCAGGCCACCACCACCACCACCAGCAGCAGCAGCAGCAGCAGCAGCAGCGGCAUGGCGUCUGCAGGGAAGGGGCCGGGUGACAACCCCGAGGAGUGUCCAGUGUGCCUGACAGGCUUUGAUGACUUAGUACAGCGGCCACGCACUCUGCCCUGUGGCCACACAGUCUGCACACUGUGCAUAGAUAAGCUGAAGGAGCAGGGCCGUGUUACCUGUCCGGAAUGCCGCGGCAGCCAUGCCGUGCCCGAGGGCGGGCAGUUCCCUAUCAGCUAUACAAUUGAGGCCUUCGUAAGAAGGAUGAGAGAUGUCAAGGCGUCAGCUGCAGCAGCCUCGCCGCCACCCAGUGCCGGGAAGGGGAAAGGGGCAGCAGGAUCAGCUGGCAAGAUGGGAGCAGCGGGUCUCUCCAAGAAAAUGCGUUCCUUACUGCAGGAACAGGAGGCCACAGUUGUGGCCGCCAUCACCGCCUGCCAGGAGGCUCAGUCCCAGCUGGACCAGUAUGAGGCCACCCUGACAGGCUGGGUCGAGCGGCAGCAGCAGCUGGAGGACAGCCUCCAGGGACUGAUGGACCAGAGCAGGAGUUCCAGGGAGCUCCUGCAGCAGGAAAAGUUCCGUGUGGCACCGAAGAGGAAGGAGGCAAAGAAGAAGGAGCAGGAGCUGCAGACUGUGCGGGAGAAGUUGCGCACUCGUGCAACAGAGCAAGAGGCACUCAAAGUUUUAGCAACAGUGUUCCACCUCACCGGUGAGGUGGAGCAGGUGUUGGAGGAGUGCCAGCAGUGUUUCCCUGACGCCGGCAUCCUCACCACCGCCAGGAAGGUGAGAGAGGCAUCUAGUGCAGCCCUGGAGGCCGCCAAGGCUGUCCAGGCGGCUCUGGAAACUGUUUCUACAGAAGAACCCAGGCCCCAGUCAGUCCCAGAAGAACCCAGGCCCCAGUCAGACCCAGAAGAACCCAGGCCCCAGUCAGACCCAGACCUCACCAUCAUGGAAAAAGUGCAGUUCAUCUUAAAGCCAAGCUUGAAGGCCGAGGACUUCCGCAGUCUGACACAGCGCACCAGGAGCCUGCUGCAGGCUGGCCGGGUGUUUGCUGUGCACCAGGUGGAAGGUCAGCGCCGACACGCAAGAAUAAGCCUCGAAGCCGGCCGGCCGUGCCUCCAUGCCCUGGCGGACCAUCCCCCGCCACUGGGCGCGUCAACCCUGCAGGUCAGCCAGGUCGUGCCGCCCUCCCCCCCCUGCACGGUGUUCCUGGACCUGUCCUGGCCGGGCCGUGCGCCGCGCCGGGUCCACAUCCGUCUGAGCCCCGACACCCAGCGGGGCCGCCAGUUCCUGAUGCUGUGCACGGGGCAGCGCGGCCCCUCCUACCGCGGCACCAGGCUGUACGGGGUGGGGGACAAGGGGAUGCCGGGAGAGUGUGUGUGGGGCGGGGACUACGAGAGUAAUGAUGGUACGGGGGAAUGUGUGCUGCUGCCUGGCCUUGAGGAGGGUGUGGAGGGGAGGCCAUGGCGGGCAGGGGCUGUGUGGGGGGAUGGGAGGCGGGGUGUGUUUGUCAUCACCACCAGGGACGAUCAGGGUGAUUUGUGGCCUUGUUGUGUCUUCGGUGAGGUGGUGGAGGGACUGCACGUGGUGGCCGAGGCAGCCCAACACAGCGACAUUACGGAGGUGACUGUGGUGGACUGUGGCGUGGUGCUGUAAGGGUAUACUGGCCUGCACCACCACCACCACCACCACCACCACAACAUUAAGGAGGAAAUUGUGGUGGACUUUGUGGUGUUGAGGGUACUGGCCUGCACCACCACCACCACCACCACCACCACAACAUUAUAGAGGAGAUUGUGGUGGACUUUGUGGUGUUGAGGGUACUGGCCUGCACCACCACCACCACCACCACAACAUUAUAGAGGAGAUUGUGGUGGACUUUGUGGUGUUGAGGGUACUGGCCUGCACCACCACCACCACCACAACAUUAUAGAGGAGAUUGUGGUGGACUGUGUGGUGUUGAGGGUACUGGCCUGCACCACCACCACCACCACCACCACAACAUUAUAGAGGAGAUUGUGGUGGACUGUGUGGUGUUGAGGGUACUGGCCUGCACCACCACCACCACCACCAUCACCACAACAUUAUAGAGGAAAUUGUGGUGGACUGUGUGGUGUUGAGGGUACUGGCCUGCACCACCACCACCACCACCACCACAACAUUAUAGAGGAGAUUGUGGUUGUUUUCUUAAUGUAUUGUUGUUGUUUUUUAUUUCCUGUAACCUCAAGUUCAGUAUAAUGUGUUGGUCAGUUUCUUGUACUAUUGAGCAUGAUGUUUUGUACAGUACAGUAAUCCCUCCUUAUACACGGAGGUCAGGUUUCAAAUUAGACCGUGCAUUAAGAAAAAUCGUGUAUAACUACAUUAGACACUGGGAAAGGGCAGAAAAUUAAAGUUUACCCUCUUUUACUCAAAUUACUUAGUGUUCUUUUGCUGUGAAUUUCCCUUUUCUUCUAACACUUAAUUUUGAACGAGAACAUUAAUUGUCCGUCAUCCAAGGCUUCAUUAAACCAGUGUUUCUCUACACACAAAGGAAACAGUGUCCGCGCUGGACCUGUUUGCUGCUUCGUGCUGUUAAGUGUGUGUGACCUUCACGGAUGGAAAAAAAUAUCAUUUAUGCAAUAAAAGGAAUUGAAACUGGA